CUGGCGCGCCUUUUCGGCUCAGCACGCGGCGCCAGGGGAGAACUCUGGGGGCGCUGUGCUGCAGCCUCUUGGUCCCCGUUACCUGUUCAAGCCCUGCAUUCAGGGGUGCGUCCCUUGCCGCCCCGGUACCCUUACGUCUCUCAGCCCCCGACUUUUGCUCUGAGAGGCCCUGACCGGGCGCCGAGAGGGUGGCGGUGUCGUGUGCUACCGCCCCUCUCCCCCGAAGGCAGCGUCCUGUGCUAAAGAAAGUGAGCUGUUAUAGAAGCGGUGCAAACCCUGAGCAUCAAGAGCAACACCUCCAAGCUCCUUCCCUGGGAACUACACUCAGCAUCCCAGCAUUAAGCCGCCAUAGCUUUGAGCAUCUGUGCUUUAUCUUGAUUUAUUUUGUGCAUCUAUUAACAAGAUGUGUCCUAAGGUACUGAUUAGGAUGAAUGUGAUUUGGAGAAAUUAUUUUUCUCGUCUAAGGAUAAGAAAGGUGCCUCACAGGUACCGAAGUAGUUAUCACCCAGUGGCCCCUCUGGGAUCAAGGAUUUUAACUGAUCCAGCCAAAGUUUUUGAACACAACAUGUGGGAUCACAUGCAGUGGUCAAAAGAAGAAGAAGAAGCAGCCAGAAAAAAAGUAGAGGAAAACUCAGCUGUGCGAGUCCUUCUGGAAGAGCAAGUGAAGUAUGAGAGUGAAGCUAGUAAAUAUUGGGACACAUUUUAUAAGAUACAUAAGAAUAAGUUUUUCAAAGAUCGUAAUUGGCUGUUGAGGGAAUUUCCUGAAAUUCUUCCAGUUGGUCAAAAAACUGAAGAGAAGGUAAAAGAAUUAUCAUGGAAUCAUGUAAAAGUUCAUGCUGCAAACUGUUUCUCAAGAAUGCACUGCCCUACUAUGCCUGAAGAAAAAAAUCAUGAUGGAGAAAGUUCUGGCUCAUCAGAUGGUCAAAACAAAGCAGGAUCUGAUUUUUCCAACCUAGACUCCAAAGUACACAGAAAAGGACCUCUGAAGACUGAAUUGUUUCCUGGUAGCAACGCCACUUUCAGAAUCCUAGAGGUUGGCUGUGGUGCUGGGAAUAGUGUUUUUCCAAUUCUGAACACUUUGCAGAAUGCUCCAGAGUUCUUUCUUUAUUGUUGUGAUUUUGCUUCUGGAGCUGUGGAGCUGGUAAAGUCGCACGCGUCAUACAGAGCAGCCCAGUGCUGUGCCUUUGUUCAUGACGUUUGUGACGAUGGCCUACCCUACCCUUUUCCAGAUGGGAUCCUGGACGUCAUUCUCCUCGUCUUUGUGCUCUCUUCCAUUCAUCCUGACAGGAUGCAAGGUGUUGUAAACCGACUGUCCAAGUUACUGAAACCUGGGGGAAUGCUGUUAUUUCGGGACUAUGGAAGAUACGAUAAGACUCAGCUUCGUUUUAAAAGGGGGCAUUGUUUAUCUGAAAACUUUUAUGUUCGAGGAGAUGGUACCAGAGCAUAUUUCUUUACAAAAGGGGAAGUCCACGAUAUGUUCUGCAAGGCUGGGUUAAAUGAGAAGCAAAAUCUGGUCGAUCGUCGCUUACAAGUUAAUAGGAAAAAAAAAGUGAAAAUGCACCGAGUUUGGGUUCAAGGAAAAUUCCAGAAACCAUUACCCUUCACUCAAAAAAGUUCCAAAUUGUUAUUUUCACUCUUUUCUCAUGGCUGAACUAUGUAUCAUGUUAAGGUACAAACCAGAGGAUUACACUAUUCAAAGUCUUCUGUAAAUCUUUCAUUUUUGAAAAGACAGAAGAAAAGAAUUUGUAUAUCCUGCUGUUUACCAUGGGUGGGCUCUUUUGUGCAUUUUAAGCACAUGUAAGUGAUUUGGAAGAGACCACAGUAUUCUGUGUUUUCAAAACUUAAUAUGCUAAAGCUUGUUUGGAUUUACUACAUCUUAAUCAUUUUGUUUGUUCUUUGAGUUUUAUAAGCAUUCAGUUAAAUUACUGAUAUAAGUCAGAUGAUUCUGAGAAGCGGAAACCUGCCAUUUUUUAGAAGUGAAAAAAACCCAUCUACUUUAUUUAUACAUUAGUUGAACACAGUUGAACUCUCCUCCACUGUUAACUGAUACAGAGGCAGCUCACCUUGUUUCCAAGGAAAGUCACAAGACCAAGACAAAAGUAUAUAUUUUUCUGUUUUGUCGUUGUUCGUCCCAAAACUUUUUUUUUCUUUAAUUCACAGACUAAUGUCUGAAACAGAAUUUUGGUUUCUCUUUCCUUUCCUAAAAUUGGGGAAGUAUGACCAAUGCUAAUAUUAUUUUCAGGCUAUUCUUAGGUGUACAAGUUGGAAGCCUUCUUUAAGACAACUGUCAUACCCAAGAAAAUUCUUAAAUUGUAGCAAUUAAAAAUUUAUUUACCACCUUGCCUCAAAAAAGACAUAAAUUGGCUUGCAAAUUGUACUUGGUAAAAAUGGAGUUUCUAAAACUGGUCUGUCAUUCAUUAUACAACAUAUACUGAGUACUUACAUUGUGCUGAAUUAUAUGGAAUAAUACAAUAAAGACCCAGCUCUGUCUUCUGAGAGCAUAAAUAGGCUCUAGCUGGCAAAGCAAACUGUGCAUCCCAAGCCAAGAUAAUAUGUGAGCAAGUACUCAAAUACGGAGCUUAUCAGCUAGCUGAUAUGCUUGAUUGAUUAUGAGCCACAGAAAUCUGGAAGACAAAUCUCUUGAAAGGACCACCAUCAGAAUGAUCAGUUCCAACUAUUUUUCCUUUUUGAACUCACUUAAAAUUCAACUUCCUGGAAGCAUAUGAUUGGUCCAAUUUGGAUCAUGGAUUCAUCUUUUUUUUUUUUUUUUUUUUGUGGUACGUGGGCCUCUCACUGUUGUGGCCUCUCCCGUUGCAGAGCACAGGCUCCAGAUGCACAGACUCAGCGGCCA